GUGUGGACCCGUUCAUGGACCAGAAGAUGCUCGGUGUCACGUCCGCGCUCAAGUCGAUGGAGGCCCUGGCCAAGCGUUUGCUGGCGACCGAAACCGACGUGCUAGGUUCUGCGACGGGGAUUAAGUUGUACGCUACCGCGGCCCUCUGGGGGAACCGCAUGGACCUCAGCAUCUGGCCAGUGGAGAAGGACGGGGCGACCUCCGCCGGGAGCGGAGACGUCUUCUCGCAGGUGCUCGAGUCGAGCUCCGAGAACCUCCUCGCGGACGACGCGGACAGGCUCGCGGAGGCACUCGUGGCGUGCCGGGAGAGGGGAGGAGAGCGGGUGGACAUCGUCGUCGACAACGCGGGAUUCGAGCUGUUCUGCGACCUAUGCCUGGCGGACUGCCUGGCCACGGGGGGCGCCGCCAGCCGCGUGGUGAUCCAGCUCAAGGGACACCCGACCUUCGUGUCCGACGCCAUGGCCAAGGACAUGAUGGCCAUGGUCGACCUCCUGGCGGACCUCGACGCGUCCGAGUUCCCCAGCGCGAAGGCGGUAGGGGAGAGGUGGAAGAAGCUGAUCGCUGACGGGAAGUGGGAGCUGCGGGAAGACUUCUUCUGGGCGCAGCCGAGGCCGCUGUGGGAGAUGCCCGCGCGAAUCCGGAAGGUUGAGGAUUUCCGAGACGAGAGCUCGAUGGUUUUCGUGAAGGGGGACGCCAACUACCGGCGCUUGAUCGGGGAUAGAAUGUGGCCCACGGACACCCCGUUCUCGGACGUGGCUGGCUACUUCCCCACCAGGCUGUGCGCGCUGAGGACGCUGAAGGCGGAGCUGGGGUGCGGGAUGGCGAAAGAAGGGACCGAGCGCGCCGCCCGAAGUCACGAAGAUUGGAUGGUGAAUGGCCGCUACGGGUGCAUACAGCUCUUCGACCCGGCCUCGGAUUGAACCCGUUGGUUGACGGUUGGUUUGGGCAUACAAUAGCGCCUCAUUAUGUAUCAAUUGAGCAAUGAACAUUAGUUAGAAACACAGAUUGUGCCCGUCGGUACGCGUGUCGCCGUCAGAAUGACGGAGUAUAUCUACGAAGCCAUGUAUCUAGAGUCAGCAGUACGAGAGGCACAGCGGUCCGCGUUUUUUACAACAAUCUUAUCGUAGGGACACUUCACUUCUCGCGUUAAGCUCGUUUUUUUGUCUCAAGAGAGCAGGAUAGUAAGAUCUACUCUACACGUGCUGGAAAUGACGUCCAUUCGAGGAGAGUUCUCUGCUGCUGCAGUUGUCGCACAACGCACAGCAGCCAGACGGCAGUAACUGCUGCUGCUGCUGCUGCUGCUGCUGCUGCACCAUGUCUGCGGAUGGGUAUGGAUGCGCUCCUCCCAACAAUCUAGCACGACUUGUGAAGGAGACCAAGCCCUCACGAUGAAAAACUGCUGCAUGUAGCAUGCCUGCGUUGUUUUCACCUUCAAUGCACAAGAGCGCCUUCAUGGGCAGUGGGCGAUGUGUGGGGUUUUGUGACGCGGUCGCGACGAUGGUGAUGCCAGCCAGCGCCGCAGACGUUGCUAUGCACAUCCGUACCAUGAGUUUCGGCGGACAAAGUCAUUUGUCGGGGAGCGCCCGGGCCUUGUUGGCGACGUCGAAGCCGAGAGGCGAUUGUAGCGUGGCUUUGUGUAGCGGACGACCCACCCACCCGUGUUAUUGGAAGACGAGGGAGCUUCGGAAAGUGAAGACUGUUGGGCUCAGGAGCGGGAGGGGGGGAGGCCGCCAAAAGCAGUACCUGAUUUGUGGAGGAAGUCGUCGUUGUGUUCGUGGAGUGGCACACUCCCUUCCUUGGUUGAAGAGAGUACCCGCGCGGUGGUCUAGAACGAUGGAGUCUCAUUAGCACUAGCCUAUUGCCCUGAAGUGAUUGCCAGCUCCGAGUAGGUUGAUGGUCCUGCCAAAACGAGACUAGCCAACUGGAUUCUCGUGGCAACAAAAUGUCGGAAGUGAUGAGCCUCUGGUACUACACAGCAGUGUUAC